AUGCGCGAACUUCUUCAGCUAUCACUGCUCCUUGUGGUGAUAGCGAAUGCUGCCACGCAGGACCGAGAACCACCAAGAGAUUGUUCUGAUGCACCAAGUAAGGAUAUCAAGGGUACCUGCCUUAUGAUCCGUGCCAUGGAUAGACUCACGAGGAGACGAAUCGCGAGACAGGCAGCAAGGACCCAGAUCAGGAGACAGCGUCAGAGGCCGCAAGGACCCGCACGACCGCUGGCACCUCCACGACCACAAGGCCCUCCUGACUGGUUGCUGCCCAUCCCUGUUCCUCCAAACGCUCGUGGACAAGUCGCAUAUCACCCGUACGAUUGUAUGACCCUAACCUGCCUGUGCCCAUUCUUCGCUGGUCAAAUGCAAGGAGGACAUUGUGUCCUCUCAAACGGCGUAAUACUGCAAAUGGCUUACCGCAAGGAGUACCGUAUGAUGACGGAGGACGAGAGGAACAGAUGGCACAAUGCUUUGGCCACUUUGAAGAUGAACGGAGAGUACGACAGACUCAGCAGGCAGCAUUUUGAAGUGGGCACGGGAUCGGGCGCUCAUUCUGGACCUGGCUUCCUGCCUUGGCAUCGCGAGUACCUCAAGCGGUUUGAAAUCGCCCUCAGAAUGGUGGAUCCCUCGGUAUCGAUCCCUUACUGGGAUAGUGUUAUGGACAAUUACCUACCUGAUCCAAGGGAUUCGAUGCUCUUUUCAAAUCUCUUCGCUGGAGAAACUGACUUCUACGGAAACGUCAUCCAGGGUCCCUUUGCUUACUGGCGCACUCUCGAAGGAAGAAGCACCAUUCUUAGGAAUCUUGGCAGAGAAGGCUCAUUGUUCAACGAGAAUCAGGUGAACAACGUGGUGGCGCAGAACACGAUCGAGAAUGUGCUGGCCUACACAGCCCCGCAACCAGGUUGUCCCUAUCCGAACAACUAUGGGGCCAUUGAAUAUAUUCACUCGAACGUGCAUCUAUGGGUUGGAGGAGACAUGAAGCCGCCGAGUACUUCUGCAAAUGAGCCUCUGUUCUUCAUGCAUCAUUCGUUCGUGGACUACCUUUGGGAACUAUGGCGUCAACUGAAACAACCGAGAUGGCUAAGGGAAGUGGCUUAUUCAAACGAUCAUGGAUAUUGCACGAAUCAGAUGCACUUCAGCUGGGCCUACAUGCGUCCUUUCCCUUACCUACAAAACAGAGAUGGUCUUUCCAACUCAUACACCGACCAGAUGUACCGUUAUGCUCCUAGACCCAGUUGCUCCUUCCAGAAUCCCAACUGUGGCUCCCCAUACCUGUUUUGCGACACGAGGGGUUAUCCGCAUUGUGUGGCCAAGAUCAAAAUGAACGGAAACUGUCAAGGAUUUGAAAACUUCGACGCAUGCUAUGCGGGCAGAUGUUGGUGGGGACGAUGUAUUCCAAACGGCGGUGGCAGAGCUUGGGCAUCGAAGACUCUCGGAAAUGUGGAACCUAUGAAUGUAUCCCUUGCUUUGGUCACCCUUUCGCAAUCUGAGAGUGAACAGAGCCAGGUAGUGAAACCGACCAAGAUGCUCGCGCCGAAAUUCGCCAACUGCUACAACAGAUCACCAUGCUGUGACGCUUGGGCAGAGAAUGGGUUGUGCAGUCAGCAAGCAGAGUACAUGGGGUUGUAUUGUGGACCAAGCUGUGGAUCGUGUACUCCGACCUUUAAUAUUUCCUCAGCAGAGUGCGUGGAUCUGCAUCCGAUGUGCGCUGAGUUCAAGAAACAAGGUCUGUGCAAAGGCAAAGGAGGGGACUUCAUGGCUGAGAACUGUCGAGUGGCCUGCGGUUCCUGCGGCAAGCAGAAGACGGAAAGAUGCUACGUAAACAAAAAACUUGUGCUGCCUAUCGUGCCUGGAGAACUGGUGCUAGAUGUCCAGGAUUCGCUCGAGUUCGAGGUGAAGGAACGAGUGCGUCUCGCCAAGAGGCACGUCGUUCGCAGAACCACGGUAGCGAACUAG